AUGGGUGGUGUCAUUUUCAACACGUGGCUGGGACAAAUGCGAUUCUUCGAUGGAGUUUAUUGCAGCUUCAUAUCCAUUGCAACUAUUGGCUACGGUGAUUUUGUUCCUGUGCCCGAUUCGUGGUUCCACACAGUGUCGAUUAUGACCUUUCUCCCAGCAGGUGCCAUCAUUCUCACAACGCUAAUUGACACUUUUAGCUACUAUCUCAAUUAUGUGCAUUAUAUUGGACGGGGAGCAACGUCGUUGAUUUUUUCACAAUUGAAUUCAGUAUUGCUUCAGUGUAAAAAAUAAAG